UCUGCGAAUGUACUGAAGUGUACGCGUUAUUUUGUGCUAUUCGGUGGUUUCGUAAUUUAAUCUAAAAGUAAUUUCUCCAGAUUAUCAACAUUUCGUUUUACAGACAAUAGCUGCUCUAUAUCUAACGUGAAUUCAUCGCCCCUUUUAAUCAAUUUGAUUUGUGCUACUUAUCAUCAUGAUAAAGGCAUGACUCACUAACCUGACAACUUGAAGCUGAAACAAAGAUGGCGCUUAAACAAGAAAGUGUACCGGCGCUUGCGUCUCCGAUGCUGCACCGCACCGAAUAUAGGGAAGCCGGCCCGCCUCUGGCCACUGAGGACUUCGAAGAGGACGAGUUCCAAGAUGCCGCCGAAGAGCAACUUCAGUAUUCCAUGGAUUUACAAACGGCCUUCGAAGAGUGUGAGGUUGCGAUGAGAAAAUUUUUCAAUAACGACCUAGUGGGAGCGUCGAAUAUAAUGAAACCUUGGUGCCGCACCUCCCUGUACCACAGUCUUGGCAUGUCCAUCUUCGAGUUCAUCCCCGCCAUGUUGACCUUCGAUCACGGGCAGAUCAACCGCGCGUUAGCGGCGCUCAAGGUCUGCAUCUCCAUCUGCAAUCAGCAUCGCAGGAACUUCUCACUCGUCGAGAGCAUUGGCACUAUGAUACGAAAGCCAAACUUUAGCACGUACACAGAUUUAGAGGCGCACGCCGAGCUAUGCUACGCGGAAGCAUUGCUGCUUCAAGCCAUGAUGACUAUCAUGGAGGGGGAGGACCUCACCGGCCUUAUCAAGGGCACCAUCAAAGUCAAGAACUGCUACAAUAGCUAUAAGGACUGCGCCAAGAUUCUUGCGCGCAAACAGUGGGAGAGUGAAACGUCGCGGAUACAUUUCCAUAGCGGCGUGCGCCUGGGUACCGCCACGUUCAACGUGAUGAUAUCGCUGCUGCCUCCCAGGAUCAUCAGUCUGCUGGAGUUCGUCGGCUUUUCAGGAAAUAAGAGCUACGGCCUGACAGAGCUGGUGGCGGGCAUGCGGUCCGCGGGCCUGCGGGCCGUGCUGUGCGAGCUGACGCUGCUCGCGUACCACCUCGUCAUCUGCCACUUCAUCGGCGCGCAAGCCGACCUCGACAUCUGCCAGGAGAUACUGGAUAAGGAGCUCAAGGUGUACCCGGAUGGUGUGUGGUUCCUGCUGUUCAAAGGGCGGCUCGAGCUGAUGCGAGGCAUGUUCAACCCGUCCAUAGUCACAUACAACUUAGCCAUAGACAGCCAGGACAUGUGGCUGCAGUUCCGACAUGUCUGCUACUGGGAGAUCAUGUGGGUUAAUGGGUUAAAAAUGGAUUGGCGGCAAGCUGCAGUGUAUGCCAACAAGCUAAUGGAGGAGAGUUCGUGGUCGCGGACGAUCUACACUUACACCAAGGCGGCGCUGCUGCUGCAACUGGGAGACGACCUGAAGCUCGGGGAGAGGCAGCAGUGCAACGAGCUCAUGAGGAACGCGUCUUACUACAAGCAACGCAUCGCAGGCAAGUCGCUCCCGAUGGAGAAGUUCAUGAUCAAGCGCUGCGCGCGGUACGGCGCGCAGGGCCACCGGCUGGUGCUGCCCGCGCUCGAGCUGCUGUGCCUGUGGAACAUGUUCCCCGUGCUCGCGCGCCACCACCGCGCCGCCCAGGACGUGCUCAAGUUCAUAGAAAGUACCCGCGACCGCCUGGACGCUGGCCCUAAGGAGUGGAUGGCCGGGUACGAGGCCGACAACCGCGCGCUGCUGUGGUACCUGCACGGGUGCUGUCUCUCCGCCAUGGGCCUCCCGCGGCUCGCUCUGGACUCGCUCGACUCAGUCAUGCUGUUGAAGAAUGAAAUCAAAGAGGAUACGUUCCUGCUGCCGUACUCGAUGGCCGAGAUCGCCGUAUGUUACCAUUACUUGGGCGACGAUGAACGCGCCCUGCAAAUACUCACUGACACCAGGAAAAAGUAUUCCGGAUAUUCACUAGAAUCGAGGCUUCAGUUCCGUAUGCACUCAAGAAUGAUCAUGAUAAAGGAAAAAGAACAGAAAAACAAAACGGACACCGUAAAAAAAAUUAUGUCAUAAGUCAUUGAUGACGGUACUUCAAGCAAAGUAUUAACUUUGCUUAGUUAAAAAAUCAAGUGAUUGCCAGUGUUCUUCAUUUAAUAAAAUAAGUGUUCCGUAAACAAAGUUUUCUACGGAACACUAAAAAAUACGAAAGCAUGGUGACGAUAUCAUUACAAGUUCUGCGGAAUCAGGUAGCGUUGUUAGUCGCCGCAGCAAACUGGGGUAUCAAGUCUGUCUUCUUGUAUGACCAUGGGGACAUUAACAAGGGCCUUCUGUACUAUCCCGUACAGUUCACGCACGCUCUAUCCUGGGUCCCUGUGGAAUAACAUUGCGGAUGGUUAUGAGCUUAGCAGGAUGUCAGGAGUUUUAUUAAAAUUAGUCAGCUGUUAUGUUAGACGUUGUCGUUAUAUUUUAUAAACUACUUGCUGUAGACAUAAGCCUUCAUAUUUUAUAAGAGAUGGUACUAGUUGAAAACUAUGUAUAAAGUAUAAAUGUACAGUCAACGGUAAAAAUAUGGGUGUAGACAACUUACUCAAAAAUAUGUCCCAUAGUUCUUAAUUCACUGACAACAUAUUUUUGAAAUGAUUUGUACACCCAUAUUUUUACCGUUGACUGUACCUACUUAUCUAAAUUCUACACGUGUAGUAUAAACAUUUACCUAAUAAUUGUAAAUACUGUUUGGGAUCGUAAUUUUGAGUCGCAGUGUUCUAUUGCAAUUGAUUACUUCGAGCGGACGGACCAGUGCACUAAAUAUAAAUAAUGUCUUUAUGAUUAAAACAUUCCGUGCGAGUGCUAUCUGUUAAGAAAAUAAUGUUAAAAGGGUUCUAACAAAGAGUUAUAGAUUGCAGAAGACAUGUAAAGUCUAACCCCCUUAUUCAUAAAAGUUUACUAAAGUUGACAAGCCGAUAAUAAUCGUUUGUCCCUUUCCGACGUAUUGGUAUGAUGGAAAGGGACAAACAAUUAUUAUCGGCUUGUCAACUUUAGUAAAUGUUUAUGAAUAUGGGAGUAAGAAAACAUGUUGCCCCUAGUUUGAUAUUUAUAAUAGAUGGCGCUGUACUGCAUCUAAUGUGUCAGCCGCACUCAUCUCUGUGACCGUCUACAUCAGCUGUCAAAUUCGAAGCACGACUUUGAGACUUUGCCAUAUUAUAUGUACAAAUUGUACAAUCAAUGAAUCUGUUUCUAAUAAAUAUGAUAGGAAAUUGCUCCAUGGGCAUAUGUACUAUAUAUAUGAAUAUAUAUCGUAUAAACGACUUAGUAGUUUAAAGAAUCAACUUAUAGAAUUAGUGAAAAUAUUAGUACAAAUUGGAAUCAAUAUCAGUAUAGUAUACCUAUAACUUCAACAAUCUAGAAAAACGUAUAACGAGUACCAUGCAGGUAGGUUUAAAACAAGAGCGUUGCGACAUGCAGUACCUCACCCGCGAGAUAGACAAGGUAUAAGUAAUUCAAACAAAAAAGACUGGUAGUUUAUCUCGCAGGCGAGACACUAUCGCGGCGCUCCUGUGCUAAGCCUAUUGGUUUGAUUAAGGAAUAAGAGACUAUAUGUAGUAUAGAAUUUAAAACCCAAUGUUUUCAUUUAUAUUUAGACGAUUAUGAGGCUUGUUCUUGUAAUAUCAAAAAUACCAAAUUCUAUAAUUACAACGCAAUAAAUUAAUAACUGUAACACCAAAUUAUUUGUAACUUUGUGCUAACUUUGUAUGUGUUUAAAUUAUUAUUUACAUAAAUGCCUGUCUGAGCUUAGAUAUUUUUUGGAAGUGUACUUAAAAUGUGCCUUGGCAUUUAAGAUAUGUUUUAAUAACUAAUGAAAAGGGAAGUCCCUGAAUGAAGUUUUUUUAUACGUUAAAGCCCAAAGACAAUUUAGGCCUAAAACUGGUAUUAGAGAAAAAACAGUAAAGACACUAACAACCUUUUUUUCCUAUAACUGUCGAAUGAAAAAGAGGCUACUUCAAGCAUAAAUUCGUGUCAAUAAUUCCCAAAAGGAGCUAUUUAAAUCCAACUAGAAAACAUUUCUAGAUAGAUAAGCUGUUUCUCAUAAAUCUCAUAAUACACACAGAAAAUGACAAAGAAGUAUUAAUUCCACGAUCGCCAGAUUUAGGUCGAAAGACGACUAAACUAUACCUGACUGGCAUACAGAAAAGAUAGGGACGAAUUCUGGUUUGGCUCUCUAUUUACUUUUCCUUGUUUUAAAUACUUAAGUCGUAAGAAUAAAUAUGUAUAUUUUUUUAGGCUGUUGAUAUAUUUUUGCUACUAAUAUAUAUUUAAGGAUCAUCGAAUAGUCAAGUUAAAGUUUCAAUAUUUUUUUAGAAAAUGUAAAUCGCCCUGAUCUUAGGAAAUUGUUAAAACUGUUUUUUUUUCUAAAUAGGUAUAUUGAUUUCUUAAAUACAUACUAACAUUUUUUCACUUAGUCUUAUAACACUUAUCGUUAUCACUUGAUCGAAUUUACCUUUUUUUAACUGCCAGUAAUCCAUUAAAACAAAAAAUUCCUUUUCAGUUGUAGCGCGGGAAUUGCAUUUCUACCAGAAAUCUGUUAUCGUGGUUACUAUUGUUAUUUAUUUAUUAGACUUGCUAAUGUGAUAUAGGAAUAAGAAGAAGUGUUGUUGUUAUAGGCAAAAAGCUGACAUUAAAAAUAAAGUCAUUAUAACAUCCUAAUUAUUAUAGUUGUAUUCUGGCAUGUGUCUGGACUAUAUAAUUUUAUUAUACCUUUAGGUUAUUAAAGAAAUGGGUUAGAUUAGCAGCGAGACUUUGUUAUGGUCAUGCGUACUGUUAUAUUUAUAUUUUCCACUCAUUAUACUUAUAGCAAUCUGGCAAUACUAGACACAUUUAUUUGAAUUGGCAGUUUCUUAAACACGAAUAGAAGAUAUAUAACGGCCCCGUACACAGUGGAGAACGAUGGGCCAUGCCAAACAACUGCCAUGGGCGACUGUGUGAACACCACAGGCCACGUUACGCCGUGGAAGGAAUCGUGAUUCCUUAAGUGUCAUUAAAACCGAUAACUUCAUUGUGCACCACGAUAGACAACUGAUGGCCAGUCGUCCGCCGUUGUAUACCAUUGCCCCCUGUACACAAUGGCGAUGGCUUGUCGUGGACCAUCCUUGACCACUGUGUACUGGGGCCCUGUGUAAGUUUUAAACUAGUCUACAUAACCUUCCAGUAAAACACCACUGAUCUGAUCAACCGUCACAUUGACGUGAUUAUGUUGAAUUUUCAACGUUCACAUCUAAACGUCCCGCGACUCCCGGGAUUGAAGCUUCAACAGGGAUGCCAACUUAGUGGUUUUACCACUAAAUUUAGGGGGAAAUAAACCAGCUAGGGGUUUUUUAGGGGCUAAAUAUUUUUAGUGGUUUUUUAGGGUCUUUUUAGAGUAGAAAAGUGCGGCAAAUUUGAAAAAAUGUAGGCGCAAAGGGAUAUCGUCUCAUAGAAAAAUUGAAUUUCGCGCCGUUUUUUACUGACAAGAUUUUCUUGACCAUCUAUGUAUAACGUUCAUAUGUAUGAUCAUUAAAAUGUCGAACCGGUUGAAAAUCAUAAUAAUGUUCUAAAUUUGGAAAAUCUAUAAUAAUUCCUUUAAUUUUUAUUUAGUGGGUUUUCCAAAAUAAUAGUACAGUUUUAGGGGUUUUUAAGUUGAGCUCAGGGAUAAAAAAGAUUGAAGUUGGCAACCCUGGACUUCAACCAGUCAGAUUUUGCAUUUUUUUUGCCAGCUCUCCCUCACAUUCAAGGACACCCUUUUACUCCUUUUACUUAGUAGGUACCUAUUCUAAGAAUAAAAUUUUACCAUUUUUCUGUUGUGUUAAUAAUACACAUAUAUGUUAAAUUAGUAAAUAAACGCUAUUUAUAUGUUGGGGCAAUCGGUGUGUAUUUAUAACUGAUUAAAAUAAAAUGAUUUAAUGCCUU